AUGCCCAAGGACAACCCGCUGCACUCGUUGCACUCCGAUGGGACAAUGGCUAGUAACAACACGCCGGAUCACGUGUACCGUGUUUUCAGUGUUGAUGAUGAUCCAGAUGAGAUUGAACAUGAUGUGAGAUAUUUAGAAGGGUUACACGAUGGCUUAAAAUAUGCUUUACACAGUAGUAAGUCUAAGACUGUUUCAGGUCCAGGCCCUGAUGCAAGUUCAUCACAAAACAAGCCUGAAUUAAAGCUUAAGAAUAAAUCGAAAUCGAGGGCAAAACAAAGUAAUAAUAGUUCACCAAGACUCAAGAAACCCGCACUAGAAAAUCAUUCUUCCAAGCAGAAUUUCCCUUCACGUGGUACGCCUCAAGACGCUUCCAAUAUAGACUCUAAUACGGACUCUGGGAAGUUUGUUAUUCACGAUCAUGUUUCAGGAAGAGGUCAUGAUCUAAUUUUCGAAGACCGUGAUGUGGAUGAAGAACAAGGCCUUGAUCAUGAUCGAAACUCUACUGCUUCUUCUAUAGAGUCAUAUACUUUGAGAGAAAGGCAGGACGCUAUCAAUGAGACACAUCCUUUUGGUAUCAGGAUCUGGAAACCAGCUUUGUAUAAGAAGCAAAGAUCUGUUCAAAAAGUAGCAGCAGAGGAUAUUCAUGAAACUCGCUUGAAGAAAAUUUCAUGGCUCGUUCACCUAUCCAACAUACUUUGGUCUCUAACUUGCGGGGCAAUUCUUUUUCUCUUGAUGAACACAGCUGGUAUCUUGGUUUAUGUCUUUGGAAUUUUUACUAGAUCUUCCAGGGAAUAUGCGCUCCUGUUGUUCAACUUAGGGCAAUAUCUAUUGUGGCCUUUUGGCAAAGUUGUAUACCUGACACGCGAUGAGCAUUACAUGCAAGAAGACAAAGAUGAAGGUAUCAGCUCUCAACAGUUUUACGAUUGGGUUACAUCGUAUAGCAAUCGACUAUUUUUCCACCAGUCACAAACCGAAGGUGAGGAUGCAUCAAUCUCUAAGCAUAACAGCUUACAGCAUCCAUCAUACGGUUCUGUGAGACAACACCUUGGGGCUUCUCAUGAACAACCUCCUUCGAUACAAGGGGUCUCCACGGAACCCUCGGGUGACCAGAACGAUGAUUCACAUAGGGCAUCAACGGGAGCGGCAGCUCAAAGAAGAUACUUUGGUAGAGGGAAAUGGACCUGGGGAAGAGUUGUGUUUUACGCGUGCUUCCACGUCGUAGUACAGCCCAUCGUCUUUGUCUUGUGUCUUUUAACAUGGUUGCCCGUCUUUACGAUUCCAAUGAGCAAUAUUCUAUGGAACUUGAUGUACCAUUGUAGGAGACAUCCUCUUGCACUUGGCUUCAAAUACAUCAAGAAUACGAGUGCGCAAGACGACUCGAUUGUUAAGGAACAGGCUGGUAAAAACAUACUAUUGUGCACUUUCCGUUGUGCUGGUUGGCAUUACUACAAAUUUACAGUUGAUGGGACAAAUGUCAUCGUAGUUAAUUUGAUGUCAUUGGUGCUUUUCACCAUCUGUGAUUUCUAUCUUUUCAAGAAUGCCUGGGGAGUGGCAACAUGGCUAACCCAUGAGACGACGAUUUUCACAUUGUGUCUAGCAUCAAUCAUACCUUUAGCCUUUUACAUCGGUCAAGCCGUAGCGUCUAUCUCAGCUCAAACCUCAAUGGGAGUUGGUGCUGUGAUUAAUGCUAUUUUUUCAACUGUGGUAGAAAUCUUCCUAUACUGUGUUGCACUAAAACAGAGCAAAGGACUACUGGUCGAAGGCUCCAUGAUUGGUUCCAUUCUCGGUGCUGUAUUGCUAUUACCUGGGCUCUCAAUGUGCGGCGGAGCUUUGAAUAGGAAAACACAGCGGUACAAUCCAGCUAGCGCAGGCGUUUCUUCAACCAUGCUGAUAUUUUCGAUGAUUGUAAUGUUUGUUCCAACUAUAUUCUACGAGAUUUACGGUGGUUACAUUGUAAGAUGCGAGAAUGAAGUUGAUUUACCGCUAAAUCUGAUGAAUGUCGCCAAAGUGUUCUCUUCGCAGCGAUGUUACUUGAGUCAUCCACCACUCGAGCAUACAAAAAUGUAUGUUCAUGUCAUAGAGCCAAUGUCGAUUUCGUGUGCUGUAGUGCUUUUCCUCGCGUAUAUCAUUGGGUUGUGGUUCACUCUUCGGACUCAUGCAGUGAUGAUUUGGCAAUUACCCAUAAGUGAGCAAUCCAAAGAACUUUCGAGUAGCCGUACUCUGGAAAACAACGCAGAGGUUCAGCAAGUGGCUGAUGACGACGACAACGGCGGUCAUGAAGCGCCUAACUGGUCAAGAAAUAAAUCCACAUGCAUUUUGUUAGUGGCUACCCUAUUGUAUGCCGUCAUCGCAGAGAUUUUGGUUUCCUGUGUGGACACUGUCCUUGAAGACGUUCCGUCAUUAAACCCAAAGUUCUUGGGUCUAACAAUCUUCGCGCUAGUGCCCAACACCACAGAGUUUUUGAAUGCUAUAUCAUUUGCUAUACAUGGGAAUGUCGCACUUUCGAUGGAAAUCGGUAGUGCAUACGCACUGCAAGUGUGCUUAUUACAAAUACCUGCGCUCGUCCUCUACUCGGUCAUCUAUACAUGGAGGAUGGAUUUUUCUGAGAUUUCGAUCAGAGAUUCGAUGUUUUCGCUAGUGUUCCCCAAAUGGGAUCUAAUUGCAUCCAUGGCAAGUGUAUUUCUAUUCACCUAUCUCUACGCCGAAGGAAAGUCCAAUUACUUCAAAGGCUCGAUGUUGAUCCUAUUGUACAUCAUCACUGUUCUUGGUUUCUAUUUCCAAGGUAUCAUCGAUGGCUGGAAUACAAUCUCGGUUUAG